AUGGCGGACUCAAUCCCACAGCAUGCCGCAUACACAUUUCAAGACGGAACCAAUGCCGUCAAGAACGGCUCUUCCCUUUUGGACACUACACAGAGACUUCUAAAUUCUCUCACGAAAGCAGAACGACUUUCGCUGCUCGACGGUGAUGAGCGACUCUGGGCUGGCCUCACGGAAUUAGUGGCGGGUCGCUAUAAUAGCGUACCUUAUUCAAUGGGCGCGAUCGAGCGUCUAGGGAUACCUGGUGUGAAGUUUUCAGACGGUCCCCGUGGUAUCGUCGUGGGCAAUUCUACCGCCUUCCCAGUCUCCAUGGCAAGAGGUGCAACAUGGGACGUCGACCUGGAACGACGAAUCGGCCGUGCCAUCGGUAAAGAAGGCAGGGCCCAGGGCGCAAAUUUCUACGCUGGUGUUUGCGUCAACCUCCCUAGACACCCGGCUUGGGGACGUAUCCAGGAAACAUACAGCGACGACCUUCUGCUACUCGGGGAGUUUGGACACGCGUUCGCGCAAGGCGUGCAAGAGCAGAUCAUGGCGUGUGUCAAGCACUUUGCAUUGAAUUCCAUGGAAAACGCCCGCUUCCAUGUCGACGUCGAGGUUGCUGAGGAUGUCCUCCAUGAAGUGUAUUUGCCACAUUUCCGGAGGAUCGUGGAGGGCGGAGUUGCUUCAGUGAUGUCUGCAUACAAUGCUGUCAACGGCGAAUGGUGCGGUCAAAGCCGAAAACUGCUUACUGAGAUUCUCCGUGAGACUUGGAAAUUUGAUGGCUUCACGAUGUCGGACUUUGUGUUCGGUUUUCGGGAUGCGCCACUGUCGGUCAAGAACGGUCUUGAUAUCGAAGCACCCUUUUCGCAGCAGCGCGCUAUGCAUCUUGAGAAAGCUUUGCAGACUGGCGAGCUUGACUGGGAGGAUGUAGAAAAGGCUUGUACCAGAAUACUCUCGAAGCAGCUUGACUUCGUAGCAGGGUUGAAGACACCAAAACCGGACAAGUCAGUGGUCUUUUGCGACGAGCAUCGAGCACUUGCUCGUGAAGCCGCUCAGCGCUCCAUGGUCCUUCUCAAGAACGAGUAUGUUGGCAAUUCAGCAAUUCUACCGCUACAGGGCCCAAAUAUCGGUUCCAUCGCGCUGGUCGGCCGUCUUGCCAACGUCGCAAACAUAGGCGACCAUGGAUCUUCAAAAGUCGAACCGCCGCAUGUUGCAACUCCGUACGAAGGAUUAAAGACAGCCUUGCCCAGUGCCAGCAUUGUACUCGAAGGUACGGAUUCCCCGGAGAAGGCAAAAGACGCAGCGUCCAAAGCCGAUGUUGCAAUCUGUAUCGUUGGCUACGACCACCAUGACGAAGGAGAACAUAUGCUUCCGAACCACGACGCCGGCGUAGCAUCCCUAUUUCCCCCACCGACGCCAGAAGACGGCGAUGUUUCGCAGAUUAUCGGCGUAUUGAACGGGGAAGCGAAACCUUCCGCUGCUCUGACCCAAGAGGGAAGCAUUAUAGAGGCCGGCUCAGGUGGAGAUCGCAAAUCUCUCCGUCUGCGACCAAAUGAUGUUUCACUGAUCGAGGCUGUCACGGCUGCCAAUCCACGCACAAUCGUCGUCAUAGUCGCCGCAGGCGCCGUCAUCAUCGAGGAGUGGAAAGACAAGGUGCCAGCAAUACUUAUGGGCUGGUAUGCUGGAUCGGAAGGCGGUCACGCUUUGGCUGACGUGCUACUUGGCCGAACGAAUCCAAGUGGUCGGUUGCCGUUCAGCGUUCCGAAGUCUGAAGAGCAUCUGCCGUACUUUGACAUGAAUGCGAAGAAGAUCACGUACGACCGAUGGCAUGGGCAGCACCUGUUGGAUAAGCUGGGUGUUGAGGCUGCGUUUCCGUCUGGAUUCGGGUUGUCCUAUACCACGUUCGCGAUAUCUGAUUUGCGCGUAGGCACUCCAGAUCUGGGGAAUGAGUCUAUUGAUGUCAAGGUCAGCGUCAAGAAUACUGGUGGUCGGGCAGGCAGAUUCAUAGCGCAGGUGUAUGGAUUGUCUGAGCAACCUGACUUUCCAAAGAGGGUUCUCCUAGGGUUUGCGCCUGUUGAUCUGGAGGCUGGUGAGUCGAAGACGGCGUCCAUUAGCGCGUCUCUUCGACCGCUGCAAAGAUGGAAGGAAGGCAAAUUUUCACUGGAGACCGGUGAAGUGACGGUUGAGGUAGCCGCUUUCGCAGGAGAUCCUAAAGCACUUCAGUCCUUGACGCAGCUGAAGAAGUAA